AUGGAUGUGAUUUAUUCGUCGAUUCAAGCUAUGAGCAUCCUCGAAAUGCAUAAUCGACCAAGUAAGCACACGAUUCACAUAAGAGUAAACCACUAUAAUUCACGAACAUGUGCUUUGAAAUUUACUGAAUCGGCAUCGACCUACCAAGCAUUCGACGGAAUGCCUGUGUCAGCAGAUUCUUUGGUUUGGAACAAUGUUAUCCAAACCCAUUUAGGAAAUUUGAAUUACAACAAGGCCGUGACGACUUAUCAAGAAAUGUUAACGCGUGGCAUCCGACCUAAUCGACACACUCUCCCUCGCAUCUUAUCCGUGUCCAGGCUAUCCGGCAGCUUGUCACUUGGGAAGCAGCUCCAUUGUCAGGCAAUGAAGCUUGGUGUCUGUAAUGAUAUCUAUGUGACUGGUAGUCUGAUUGAAUUGUAUGGGCAUCUCGAUGGCGUCGAUGCUGCAAAAUGGAUGCUUGAUAAUUCUGAAAAGAAGACGAGUUCGGCUGUAUCCUGGACAUUGUUGGCGAAGUUGUAUAUGAAGCAAAAUAAACCUACAUUUGCUAUCGACCUGUUCAAUGAGAUGGUGGAAUCGGGUGCAGAGGUUGAUGCCGUUUCACUUACGACAGCGAUUAGCGCCUGCAUUCUUGUGAAAUCACUGAUAACUGGUAGGAACAUUCAUGACACGGCUAGAAAACAUGGACUAGAGUUGGAUGUUUUGGUGAGCAAUUCCCUUGUAAAAAUGUACAUGGAAUGUGGCAGCAUCAAAGAUGCCCGUGACCUGUUCGAUAAAAUGCCAUCACGAGAUGCCAUUUCAUGGACUUCCAUCAUUCAAGGGUACGUGAAGAACGGAGAGAUAAACGAAGGGCUAAAACUCUUCAGAAAGAUGGUGAACGAUGACAAAAUAAAACCAGAUGCAGUAUCAGUUUCCACCAUACUCCCAGCCUGUGCAAGAAUGGCAGCUCAUAAAAACGGAAGAGAGCUCCACGGGUACUUGAUCAGGAACAAAAUUCCCACAAACCUGAAACUCAACAACGCACUGAUCGACAUGUAUGCAAAAUCUGGAAACUUGGAGUAUUCUUCAACGAUAUUCUCACGAACAAAAUCCAAAGAUAUCAUUUCAUGGACAGUGAUGAUAAUGGGCUACAGUCUACAUGGUAAAGGAGAUCUUGGACUUGAUUUGUUCAAGAAAGUUCCAAAAUCAGAUACAGACGAAAUAAGCUAUGUCACAGCUCUCCACGCUUGUUGCACUUCUCUCAAGGUCGAAAAAGGUCUUCAUUAUUUCAACUGUAUAAACUCACCUAAUUUAGUUCACUAUUCUUUAAUGGCUGCACUUUUGGCACGUGCUGGAAAACUCGAUGAUGCAAAAGCUUUUGCGAAAAAACAUGGUGUAGAAAAGCAUCCGGAAGUGCUCAGAGCAUUGAUAGAUGGAUGCAGGAUUCAUAAGAAGAUAACCACAGGGAAACGAUUGGUGGAGCAGCUGUGUGAUUCAGAGCCACUUAAUGCAGAUAACUAUGUUUUAAUGUCAAAUUGGUAUGCACAAAAUGGCGGGAAACAGAAACAGAAACAGGAAAUGGUGGAUAGAUGGAGGGAGACUAUAAGAGACAUGGAUUUGAAACCAAAGAUUGCGUAUAGUUGGAUAGAGUUUAGGAACAAAGUUCAUGUGUUUAAGACAGGGGAUGUGUCUCAUCCGAGAUCAGAGAGAAUAUAUUGGGAGUUGGAGAGUUUGAUGAAGAAUUUUGAAAAAAUUGAAGGAGAUUUUAGUUUUCAUGAUGUGGAUGAAGAGAGAGAGUGUGUUCCGAUUGGACACAGUGAGUUGUUGGCGGUUUGUUUUGGAUUGAUCAGUACAAAAAGUGGGAGUGCUGUUCGUGUGACUAAGAAUCUUCGUGUUUGUCGAAGCUGCCAUGAGGCUGUAAAAUGUAUAUCAAAAGUAGUCGGGAGAGAGAUUAUAUUAAAGGAUCCGAAUCGAUUUCAUCAUUUUAAGAAUGGGGGGUGUUCUUGCCAGGAUUUCUAUUGA